CACCAGCUGCGCUGUCAGUUUACCCCCUGACUUAAGUCAGCUCUGACUUAUCCAUUAGAUUAGGCUGGAAGUUAGAUAGGUCAGCACAAUGAUUCGUUAGCUCCUUUAACUUUUAACACAAAAUGCGAUGCUAUCUUCACGCACUUCUCUUAUGCAUGGUCUUCGCUUUUUUGUCACUACUCUAUGUAUUCAACCAACUAGCCUCCACCUUGGAGGAGCCAGGCGAGUGGACCGUCAGGAAAGCCCACAGGACGGCCGACAGGAACAGUCAUGACACCGGGCACGCUGUCAGGAAAGCCCCGGGAGUGGCAGGCCAUGACAGGUGUAAGUCACUGUCAGUAUCUUACUGGAAUCCAUAUUGGAGACUGCCUGCUGAUGUUUGUGGAGUGAACUGCUUAUUGGAAUCAUCUCUUAGGGAGAGGUCAGGCACUACAUUUAAGGAAAAUCGAGAUGAGAGGAUUCAUCUGGCUGUGGUGGCCUGUGGCCCCAGGCUGGAGGAGACUGUCAACAUGCUGAAGUCUGCUGUUCUGUUCAGCAAAAAGCCUCUGCACUUCCACAUAUUUGCUGAGGAUCAUCUGCAUGACAGCUUUAGAAGUGCUCUGGACUCAUGGCCCAGUUUGGUCCAGGCCAGAUUUAACUUCACCACCUAUCCCAUCACCUUUCCCAGUGAGAAUGCCAAUGAGUGGAAGAAGCUUUUCAAGCCCUGUGCAUCUCAAAGGCUCUUCCUACCAGUAGGUCUAGGCUCAUCCUCCAUGCAUAUGACUAUUCUUGAUGAUAAAUAUGAUAAAUGUGCUCAUAAGGUCUAUGCUGUCUCUGAUUUCCAGCUGAUCCUGAAGAAUGUGGACUCACUUCUCUAUGUUGACACCGACAUACUUUUUCUGCAGCCUGUGGAUGAGAUAUGGGGCUUUUUGUCACAGUUCAAUUCGAGCCACUUAGCUGCCAUGGCUCCGGAGCAUGAGGAGCCACGCAUUGCCUGGUACAAUCGUUUUGCCCGCCACCCUUAUUAUGGCAAGACAGGCAUCAACUCAGGGGUCAUGCUCAUGAACAUGACACGCAUCAGGGAGAAAUAUUUUAAGAAUGACAUGACAGUAGUUCCUCUGCGAUGGGAGGAAAUGCUGAUGCCUCUACUCCAGAAGUAUAAACUCAAUAUCACCUGGGGUGACCAGGACCUCCUCAAUAUCAUAUUUCACCACAACCCAGAAAGCCUAUAUGUAUUCCCCUGCCAGUGGAACUACCGUCCAGAUCACUGCAUCUAUGGCAGCAACUGUAAACAAGCUGAACAAGAAGGUGUGUUCAUACUUCAUGGUAACAGGGGUGUUUACCAUGAUGACAAGCAGCCAGCGUUCCGAGCCGUUUACGAAGCCAUUCAGAAGCACCCAUUUGGCGAGAACAUGGUGAACUCACUGCUUCUGCCUCUGGAAACAGCGCUACAGGCCACAACAAACACCUACUGUGGGAGGGCCAGCCACCUGUUUACCAAGAGGUUACAACAGAGCAUCAAGGAUGCUGCACAGAGAAGAUAAUCCGUAUAUAACACACCAUAACCAUUCCACCGUUAAUGACUAAUGUCUCUCCAGAAAUAGAGACUCAGUUUUAAGACAUUCUUUUAGGGACCAAAAAAAGGUGGGUAACAAACGGCUUUCCGUGAUGAAGACUCGGGCUUGCACUCAUGCCAUCAUCUCUUGAUGGCUAAAUGUCAAGACUGUUAAAGAAAUGGGAAAGUGUCAUCUGUGAAGCAGAUUUUUUUUUUUUUUUUCAAAUCAAAUGAAGCACAGGUUGGUACAUAUCCAUCCAAUGAACACAAAAUCAGGUCACAAAUGCCCUCUCAACAUGAGGGAGAAAUGCACUGAAUCCACUUUGCCCUGCAGAGAUUUUGAACUUCAUAGCUGGCAAUAAGGGUACUCACUCCUGGAAAUCAGGUUGCAUUGUUUUGUUUUGUUUUAUUUUUGUUUUGUUUUGUUUUUGUUUUUUUGUCUCGUAAGAUAUGACAAAUCACUUCCUUAAACUGUCUGAAAUUUUCAGAUAGAAUAAAUAGAAAAUACAGCAGGGUACUUAAAUACUCUAUUUUUAUCAAUAGAGUAUUUUUGAUUUUAGAUAUAUAUUAAUAUAAUUUUACAUGUACUACAGUUUUUAUGUGUUUGCCUCUACAAUAUGUCAUGGAUAUGGACUGCACUUGUUAUAAAGUGCUUGGAUACUAUGCAGGAAUGCUAUUCACACUUUUUUAAUUUAAUAUGGCAAAUGAACUCAUUGAAACUACUUUGGAUUUACAGUCUGAAAAUGUCAGUAUUUAUUAUUGAUGAGCAUUGGUUGGCGGGACGCUCUGUUGAUGUCUAUGAAAAGUUUGUUGUGACUUUGUUUUGGUAAUCUAGUACAGUUGGAAUAGCAGCUUGCCCAAACAAAUAAGAUUUUAUGUUUAAUUUAAUUAUUAUUGGUUUAUCUACAAAGUUGUUAGAGAAUCAUUUGCUGUACAUUGCAGUGAUAUUUAAAUCCUUUUACCAACUUCAUGUGCCAAUAUGAACAUACUUUUGGAUAACAUGAAUGUUAUCAGACUGAGCAAGACAUCAUGAAAUCUGCUUCAUUUUAGGUUCAUCAUAAAGAGAAAAAAUACAUAAAUAAUAAUACACAAUUGACCUUUGAUCAAUCUAAAUCUUAUGUGAUUUACAUGCUAUUGAAAAGCCAGCAUAAAUGUUGCAAUGCAUAUCAAAUGUAUGGAUAAUAAAUAUUUGUAAACAUUCCUAACUUAAGUAGUCCAGCUAUAUUUCAUACAUUUUAAUAUGAUUUCAGCAUUUCCCAAGGUCACAGCAUCUUGAUGAAUUGUGUGUGUCCAUGUUACAAGGUUUAAUUUCUAAGAUGGAGGAGUUUUUCCAAGAUAUUUUAGCUGCAAAUAUAGAUCCAUGAUGGGCAAAUGGUUGUGUUGCUAAAAAUUUAAUUAAAAAAAAAAAAAAAAAAA